GAAUAGACGUGAUUUGUGUGAUUGCACCUCCACGGUUAUCCUUGAUAUUUCCUUUUGUUUGACGACCAGGCAUGAGGAUGGCGAGUUGAUUGACGUUCUCGUGAAGAGUAAAAAAACAAGAAGUUUGGAAAUAUACGAUCGUGCAAAAAGAUUUUAUGAGGAUCAUAGGGAUUUCAUAGAAAAGUUGGAUGAUGGAGAACUUAGAA